CCUUAUCUACAGGACCACCGCCGCCAUAACCGCCCAGAUCGCUGUUGUAACACUUGAAUCCUCCGUAAUUUACAUAUGUAUUUUAAGUCUUUUGGUAGCUUUGGGAAAAUCUUACAUCGGGGGAGGUCGUCGUGGACUCUCUUUUUUGUAAGCAACCCUUUCCAAUACAGGUAGAAGUCUUAACUUCAAUAUUAAGAACCCACAGCCUUUCAAGGUAAAGGGGAUAUCGAUAUAUCCAGGUUGAUAUAUACGGAAAAUUUUGAACUUCUGUACCUAGGUACCUAGGGACUUGCAUCCUGAUUGCUCUUUGUGUCGAGAAGAUGUUAGGUACUUAAGGUUAUAAAACAUAAUUAUACCGUAUCUGGCUACAUAUAUACCUAGGUACCCAGACGGCUGGCUGGUGAAUGGUACACAGGUUUACCCACUUCGAACCCUUUGAAGAUUGAGUCGUUUCUCAAUCGCGUCCCGUAUAUGGACCUUGCCGGCAGUUACUUUUAGAUGUGGGAAUUUUCGUGGUUCUAGCCGAUUCUACACUCGAAACCUGACAUGGACUCUACUUCGGUCAAUAUUCCGGCGGAGGCAGUGGCUGCGUUACCGCCAGAUCUCCAAGCCCAAAUUCCACUCUAUUAUGAAAGCUUGCAACCAAAUCUCUAUGCUUCAGCUAUUAUCUGCAUAGUAAUUGCCUAUGUCGCAGUUAUUCUCCGGAUCUAUGCGAGACGCUUGAAGGCCCAGGCUCUAGGGAUGGACGACUUUAUGAUCAUUGCCGGACUAUUCUUUACCUCAGUCUUCGUCGCCCUUUGCAUUUUAGUCACUGUCUUCGGAGAAGGCAGGCAUCGAGUUGUUACGGUCCUUGAACAUCCAGACCACGUCGUGCCGUUUACGAAAGCCACGAUAGCAGCUGGUGUCAUUUAUAACCCUGCAUUAUUCUGCACCAAGAUAUCUAUCCUCCUCCUAUACUACCGAGUAUUUCCUAGUAGGCGCUUCAAGUGGGUUUGCAUCGGCGUUGGUAUUUUCGUUGCGGCAUAUAGCAUCACUGCUAUUAUGACCAAUAUUUUCCAGUGUGUUCCUGUCAAAUCCAACUGGGAUCCAACUGUCACGCCGCAUUGCAUUAACCUUGGCUCGGAAUUAAUAGUUGUUAGCAGUCUGAAUGUGCUCACAGACGCUUCUAUACUUUGUCUUCCGAUGCCCAUUAUUUGGCGUCUCAAAACUGAUUUCCGUCGCAAGCUUCAGCUGACUGGCCUUUUCCUCCUCGGCUCUUUCGUCGUCGUCGUGUCUAUCAUCCGCGUCACAUAUGUGUCUAAUGUUUCGUUCUCCGACGGGUUCUGGGCCAACUCCUAUCCGUCCAUGUGGUCGGUCGUCGAAAAUUGUAUUGCUGUUGUUGCAGCAUGUCUGCCCGUCAUGCGUCCCGUUUUCAAUAAGGUCCUCUACGGUACGCCCGACCCAGAGAAGCCGAGUCAGGAUGAAGUGGACCUUGACCCGCGUAAUAAUAGGCAUAUUAUUACAAUUGGUGGCAGCGAUUUACAGAUGAAAGGAUUCUCUGGGGGACAUGCAAGCAGAGGGACAAAUGUCACUGCGAUUACGUCUAUUACCCAUGGAGAUAGGAAUUCGGGUGGAAGCUUCACGCAACUCAUGGAUAACUGACUGGACUUGCCUUAUUUUAUUAACUGAAAGCGGCAUUAUGUAUGACUAUUUGAUUUUACACACCUAAUCAUCACGCGCUCCCCGUAUUUUGUAAUAGAUUGAACUACUAUCAAUUGAAAUAUUAGGAUCUGAG